AUGACACUCUAAACUAUGAAAGUACCCCUACCUUUUAUCGGGGUUUGCACAGAUGGGGCAUCUUAUUUAAGGAUUGGCUGAGACUGGUGACCGGGAGCAGACUAUUUCACGCCGUGAUUCGUUCAUGUCGCCGAAAAAAACUUCGCUACACCAAAGUCACUGCCCUCUCCUAAAAUCAAAAGCGUUUGUUGUUGCAGUCUGGAGAGUGUCUGUGCUCGAUUGCUUAAGACUCACGUGAAGAUGGCCGAGCCAAACAUUGUAGGUCCUACGCUCAACAACCUUUUCGAAACGGAUCCACAACUUAAACCAUUUGAAUCGGACAUCCAAAGGAGGUACGGUCUCUUUCAGAGGCGACUCGUGGAGCUGGAGGAGGCGGAGGGGGGCUUUGAUCAGUUCUCACGCAGCUACCAGACCUUCGGAGUGCAGCGGCAAGCCAACAAUGGGCUGCUCUUUAAAGAGUGGGCCCCUGGGGCCGCUGCCCUCUUCCUAACUGGGGAUUUCAAUGACUGGAAUAAUGUCUCUCACCCCUACGAAAAGAAGGAGCACGGCAAGUGGGAACUGUACCUUCCGCCGAAAAAGGACAAGUCCCCAGCCAUCCCACAUGAAUCCAAGCUGAAGGUGGUGGUCCAAACACCAGGGGGUGAACGGCUGUAUCGAAUCUCACCCUGGGCUAAGUAUGUCACAAAGAGGCUGGAUUCCAACACCUACGACUGGGUCCACUGGGAUCCAUUGCAACCCUACCUCCAUAAGCACCCCCGCCCCAAGAAACCAAAGAGCCUGCGCGUUUAUGAGGCCCACGUGGGGAUUGCCUCACCAGAGGGAAAGAUAGCAUCUUAUACCAACUUCACAGUCAACGUCCUGCCCCGGAUCAAAGACCUAGGCUACAACUGCAUACAGCUGAUGGCAGUCAUGGAGCAUGCCUAUUAUGCCAGCUUUGGGUACCAAGUCACCAGUUUUUUUGCCGCAUCCAGUCGCUUUGGAACCCCUGAGGAGCUGAAACGUCUGAUUGACGAGGCCCACUCUAUGGGCAUCAUGGUGCUGCUAGAUGUGGUCCACAGCCAUGCCUCUAGUAAUACUGAGGACGGCCUCAACAUGUUCGAUGGCACCGACGCGUGCUUCUUCCAUGCCGGGCCCCGCGGGGACCACACCAUCUGGGGCAGUCGGCUCUUCAACUACGCCAGCUGGGAGGUGAAGCGUUUCCUGUUGUCCAACCUACGCUGGUGGAUGGAGGAGUACCGCUUUGAUGGCUUUAGAUUUGAUGGCAUCACAUCCAUGCUCUACCACCACCAUGGCAUUGGUGUAUCGUUUACAGGGAAACUUAGCGAGUACUUUGGUAUGCAGGUGGACGAGGACUGCCUGGUGCACCUCAUGGUGACAAACCACAUCCUGCGUACCCUAUAUCCAGACUGCAUCACCAUUGCUGAGGAUGUGUCUGGGAUGCCAGGGUUGUGCCGUGCGGUCACAGAGGGAGGUUGUGGCUUCGACUACCGUUUGGCUAUGGCCAUCCCAGACAAGUGGAUUCAGAUCCUAAAGGAGUACAGGGAUGAGGACUGGGACAUAAGUGACAUCAUCAAAACCCUGACCAACAGGCGGCAUGGGGAGGCCUCCAUCGCGUACGCUGAGAGCCAUGACCAGGCACUGGUCGGGGACAAGUCGCUGGCUUUCUGGCUCAUGGACAAAGAGAUGUACACCAACAUGAGUGCCUUAGUCCCCAUGACCCCAGUCAUAGACCGCGGCAUCCAGCUGCACAAGAUGAUCCGCCUGCUCACCCACACCCUGGGCGGGGAGGCCUACCUCAACUUCAUGGGUAAUGAGUUUGGUCACCCAGAGUGGCUCGACUUCCCCAGGAAAGGGAAUGAUGAAAGCUAUCUUUACGCCCGGCGCCAGUACAACCUGGUGGACAUUGAGCACCUCCGGUACCGCCAGCUUUAUGCCUUCGACCGUGACAUGAACCACACUGAGGACAAAUACGGCUGGCUUGCCUCAGAAAGGGGUACUGUCACCACCAAGCACCAGGCAGACAAAGUCAUUGUCUUUGAACGAGCCAGUGUCAUCUUCAUCUUCAACUUCCACCCAACCCAAAGCUACAACAAUUACAGGGUGGCAGUGGGGCCACCUGGAAAGUACAAGAUCAAGCUGGACACUGAUGACCGGCAGUAUGGUGGACAUGGGAGGCUAGAGCACGCCACUGAGUUUUUCACGGAGCCUGUCCCCUUUCAUGAUCGGCCCAACUCCAUGCAGGUCUACAUACCUUGCAGAACAGCUCUUGUUCUGGCCAAUGAAGAGAUUGAUUAUUGCUAUUAAAGGCUUGAAGGAAGCUGGACCCCGAAACAAGCUGUGUACAACCUCGCCUCCGCUAUCCUGUAAAGAUUAACAGCUGGAUACCCUGGUGACACAAAGAGCCUACUCUGUAAAUGUCACUCAACAACCCCACCCCACCCCACCCCACCCUGCCCUGUAUACCUCCUCCCAGUAGUCU